GUAUCGCGUAUCGCUCGGCCGGUUGUGGUGGCGCUGUGGCGCUGACACUGUGCCCCAUGUCGCUCUCACCGGCGGUCGCGCACCACGCCGCGUCCGGGGGCUCCGUCACCGGCCCUGCCGGCACUGGGGGCGCAGGCAAGAAGGCAGCGCAGGUACAGCUGCAGGCGGAUCUCAACAAUGACGACGACUGGAACAAGUUCCUGCAGAGAGAUGGACUACUCGUGAUCGACGUGUACUCGGAAUGGUGCGGGCCCUGUCUGGGCAUGGUGGGCAACCUCAAGAAGAUCAAGGUCGAGCUCGGCGGAGACAACCUGCAUCUCGCUGUCGCGAAGUCGGACACGAUCGAAUGCCUGAAGAGGUUCCGACAUCGCAGCGAGCCCACCUGGCUCUUCAUUGCGGCCGGACAGCUUCUGAACGUAGUGUUCGGAGCGGACGCGCCACGACUAGCGCGCACUAUAGAGCAGGAGCUGCGCAACGAGGAGCUCGCCCGCCGCGGUGAGCGGGAGCGCCCGCGCAGGGCGCCACACGAGCUCACGCCCCCAGAACAGGAGGCGGCGGAUCUGCAGGCGAAGCAGGUGGCGGAGCGGCGGCAGCGUGAGGCCGAGGCGCGCGAGGCGGCGCGAGCGGCGCGGCGAGAGGAGAGGGCGACGCGCCUGGAGCGACACUUCGCAGACCUUUGCGCGGCGCUGCUCAUGCCGCACGCACAGAAACACCUCAGAAAGGUGGCUGAGGCGCUAGAGCCGUACGGUAUAGCGGUGGCGGACAAGUGUCCGCUGGUACUGGGCCAGCAGGGCGCACGAGCUCUGGCGGCCGAGGCGGAGGAGAUGGGCUCCGCAGGCGUCUCCGCCGUGUUGGCGGAGCGUCCCGCACUCGCGCUGCUGCUCAAGAAGCUGCCCGACAAGGAGGGCGACGUCAUCGAGUUGACACGUCGCGCUCUAUACGGGGAGGGCUUGGAACUAGAAGAAGGAGCGCAGAAGAAAUUCCUUGCGCAGGAGCUGUGCGCGGACGACCUGCCCGGAUUGUACGCGCCCCAAGACCGACACCAGCGCGCAGCCCUCCUCGACCUGCUCUUCCCCAAGAUGGUAGGAGCGGUGGUGGAGCCCCCUGUGAGCGCGGAGCCCCCGCACGUGGCGCUGGUGUUUGGUGCGUGGCAGCGGCGCGCGGUGCUGGCCGCCGCAGACCGCAGCGCUCCGCUCCUGUUGCGCUACGGCUUCUUCGCCGACGCCAAUGUGCAGGAGCCCAAGCUGCUCUGCAAAACUAUAGAGCAGUAUGAGGAGCGCACCGAGAAGGACUACUGCGAAACUAUCGUGCUGAUGAUGGCGGUGGGAGUGGCAGACCCCCUGCUGGCGGACCCGGCCGCACCCACACCGGACGGUCCGCCCCCCGACCUCAUCGCCCUGGGCCCGCUGCACGUCAGCGCCGACACGGUGGUGGGCGAGCUGGAGUGUGCGCGCUUCUUCCCGCCCGGCUACAGCCAGCCCCAACCCAAGCCCAAGGUCAAAGCCAAGAAGAAGAAGAAGAAGCGACAGGAGGUGAAAGAUGAAGACGACGCGGUACCGGAGGCAGCAGAAGAUGCAGAGGUCAACGGAGAAGACGACGGCAGACGAGAGACCGAGGACGGCGAGGGCGAGGGCGAGGCAGAGGGGGAAGCGGAAGGGGAGGGAGAGGAGGCGGAGGGAGACGAGGCGGAGGAGGAUCAGGCGCUGGUGGCGGACAAGGCGACGUCUCCACCACCCGUCGCUAUUUAA